AGCUGGCUGAUUGUUAAAUCACAACUUCUGGCGUCAGAAGCAGAACGGGUGUUUGGAAGCGAGGUGAAAAUAACAACUGAAGGAAGGCGACAUCUGGGCGCAGUUAUUGGUUCUACAAAUUACAAAGAAGAGUACUGCAACGAAAAGGUCAACAGUUGGAGAGAAGAAAUCGAAGCACUAAGUGAUAUUGCAAAAAGUCAACCUCAUUCAGCCUAUGUUGCUUUCACAAAGGGCUUCAAAUCGAAGUUUACAUAUUUUAUGCGAACGAUAAGCUCCUUUGAAGAUUAUAUUAACCCUAUCGAGGAAGCCAUAAGUGAGUUGUUUCUCCCAGCUUUGUUCGGCCAAGAAGAGCCUCUGCCUGAAGAAUUGCACGAAGUUACCACACUGUCCCCUGCACAAGGAGGUUUAGGGAUACCUGCAUUAAGUGAAGAAGCGCCACAACAGUACGCACCAUCGACGUCAAUAACACGUCCACAUGUGGAGGCAAUAUUAUCGCAAUGCACUUCCAUGCCAGAGAUCACUAACGAGAUAAAAAACGAACAGCAGUCAAUCAAGAGGGCAAAUGCCAAUACAAAAAGAGAACGUAUCGACGAGUCUCUCCCAGCCGAUCUCCUACUUCUUGUUAAACAAGCGCGGGAUAAAGGAGCAAGCUCAUGGUUAAAUGCUAUACCGGUUGAAGAACAAGGUUUGAACCUCAACAAAGAAGAAUUUAAGGAUUCGAUAAGAAUGCGGUAUGGCAUGCCAUUGCCCGACUUGCCAAGUCAUUGCGUUUGUGGGUCUGCAUUUUCCGUCAACCACGCAUUAUCGUGUAAAAGAGGAGGUUUUGUGGCCCGAAGGCAUGACGGUGUUCGUGAUUUACUGACCACGCUGCUCAGCAGAGUAUGCAACAACGUGGAAGCCGAACCGAAAAUCAUGCCAUUGGACAAUGAACAAUUCCGUUUACAGUCCACCAACAGAAGCCCGGAUGCGCGAUUGGAUAUCAAAGCUGGCGAGUUUUGGGCAAGAGGAGUUACAUCAUUUUUUGACGUCCGUGUAUCGCAUGUAAACUCCCAAUGUCAUCAAAACAAAGCCACAUCUGAUAUCUUUAAGGAACAAGAAGCCGAGAAGAAAAGAAAGUACCAACAGAGAAUCUUAGACGUGGAAAUGGGAACAUUUACGCCUUUAGUCUUUGGAACGAAUGGAGGAGUUGGAGACGAAUGCCAGAAAUUCUUAAAGCAUCUUGCCGAGAAAUUGUCGAGGAAAAACGGAGAAGAUUACGCAACAGUUAUUACCUGGAUCAGAACAAGAUUGUCUUUCGAAAUAUUGAAAUCAGUGCAUUUGUGCACGAGAGGAUUUAGAUCGCCAUUUCGUGCGAAAGAUGAACAUAUAGACGAGUUCAAAUUAAACUCUGUUACAGCAGAGGUUUUUUAAGCAAUUGCGCAAUUUAAAGGCGUUAACGCUGGACUUGUACAUUUUAUGAAUUACGUUCCAAAUUAUGAAUUAUCAAGAACUAUUUUUAGAUCUUUUAACUGCAAUGAGUUUUUUUGUAUUACAAAAAGGAAAUUGAUGCCCCAACACCCGAUUGGGCUGUCGAUUUCCCGUUUGUAAUACAAAAUGAGUGAAAAACGGCAAACUUCGCAAGGCUAUAUUAUCCGCAUUUUACAACAUUUCGCAACGAAACUUUGGAAUAUUACUAAUUUUGUGAUGCUCUUUCAAGCUGUGAUGAAAUUUUUGUCUAGAUCAAAAUUUAGUCUAUAAUGCAAAUGGUCCAUUCCCAACGGUGGAAGAAUGUGAUUUCAACCGACAAUUUUUAUUUGACGAGUGUGUGACCAUUUCUCAUCGUUACGGUUUAAGAAAGGUAUCAUAGAAAAGCUAAAUAACAGCUCUUUCGUCCUAUGUAAAAAUUGAACUGUUUAGUUAAGUUUGUGAUGCACAACAGCCUGUUGAAUUUCCAUAGCGUUUUUUUUAGACACCCUGUAUAUAUUUAUUAUCACAACUAUAGGUUUUAUGUUUGUUAAUUCUUUAUAAGAGGACCAAAUUUGAGUAGUAUUGUAUUUCUUGCAGGUCCAUCAAAACAGUUCAGAUUUCAACUUGAUGUGGACAGGUUCACAUCUCAAGCCUCAUACAUUACGUGGUCUGCAGGAGUUUCAGAAAGUUAACCACUUUCCAAGGUCUUAUGAACUCACAAGGAAGGACAGACUGUACCAGAAUAUUCAGAAAAUGCAAAGUAGCAAGGUAUUGAAAUAAUGAAACUCUUAAAGUGCAUAUGACAUGAAAUGUUUUAUUUUCUUAAAUGAAAGAACUCUUUAAGUUGUGGUAUAACUUAUUUUUCAGUUUCUUGUUUUUAUGAUUUGUUCCCGAGAUAUUUUAAUUUGUUUGAUAUGUAAAUAUCAAAUUUGUUUGAUAUGUAAAUAUCAAAUUUAAUUUGUUUGAUAUGUCCGCUAAUUUAUGACGUCACGUUGGUUGCAAGCUCAACUUACACUGGUUUUUAAUGUGUUAACUCUAAAAACUGUUGAUAUCAGUUUACGUUUUUCUCCAGUGUUUCAUCACAUUUACCAGUGAGUGAAGUUUGAAAUUAUCAUCUUGGAUGAUAGCACUGCUGCAGUGAUAUUCAACAAUUUUGAAGAGCUUGCAACCAACAUGACGUCAUAAAUUAGCAGACAUAUUCACACUCAUUUACAUAUCAAACAAAUUGAAAUAUCUCGGGAACAAAGCAUAAAAAUAAGAAACUGAAAAAUAAGUUACACUACAACUUAAAGAGUUCUUUCAUUUAAGACUCUCCCCUUAACAAAUAAAAUCAUAUCUGGCAUUAAACAGAGUAAAAUUAUAAAGUAGGGCACAUCAGAGCACAUUGCCAUUUAAAGGGUUAAAAACAAUAUUAUAUUACACGCUUAAAAUUCAUUAAUUCUAUGUUUGCCUGUAUUUUCUAGGGCUUUAGAAAUUUUGAUUUCAUUCCUGAAGCUUAUGUCAGCCCAUCUGAAUACAACCAAUUUUGUGGUACAGUUCUUUUUUACCAACGUUAUCAGUUCAUUGUUUUUUUAUCUACAGCUAAGCAUUAGAUGCAAUUUAAUAAUAUUUCAAUUUGAAUUUAUUGGUUUGACAGGGUUCGUAGCGGUCUUUGAAAUCCUUGAAUGUCUUUAAAUUUGAAUGCAGGUCUUUAAGGUCUUUAAGGUCUUUGAAAAGUCUUUGAAUUGUGUGAAAAAGCGAAGAAAGUCUUUAAAAGUCUUUAAAUUCUUCAGUGAUUAUUUGAUUAUACAAUUUCCUAGCUAAUAAAAUAGAUUGAUUGAAGCACGAUUUUCGCAAAUAUCGACGAAAAAGUGCAUUUUAGGAUGUGAUUUGACGGGACUAAUUACCUGGUAAAAAUGGUGCUUAUACAUCGUAAUUUUUCGACACCUGAUUGCUCUCAAAGGUCUUUGAAAAGUCUUUGACAAUAGGCAGAAAAAGUCUUUGAAAGUCUUUGAAAUUUUUUGGUCUUGGAGACUACGAACCCUGUUUGAGUUUAACUCAUUUUUUAUUGUGUAGCAUCAUUUGCAAAACAAAGAGGUUUAUGGAUUGUGAAGCCAGUAGCCUCAUCCCGUGGCCGUGGAAUUUUUCUGAUCAAUCAUGUAUGUAUUGAGCAUGAUAUCUGAGAUUAAUUGUGUUUCAAUUCCUGCAAUCAGGGCCAAAAUCAGUUUAAUCUAAACAAUGUUUUAAAUAUUAACAAUUUCUAGCCAAGUCAAAUUCCACUUGACGACACAUUAUUGGUUUCCAAAUAUAUUUCCAAUCCUUUACUUGUCGACGGUGAGUACAAGAAAUGAACGUCUACUCAAUCUAAUGGACCUUUCCCCUUUUAAGUGAAAUUUUGAUCUAAACUAGCCUGGACAAAAAUUUCAUCACAGCUUGAAAGAACAUCGCAAAAUUAGUAAUAUUCCGAAGUUUCGUUGCGAAAUGUUGUAAAAUGCGGAUAAUAUAGCCUUGCGAAGUUUGCCGUUUUUCAGUCAUUUUGUAUUACAAAUGGAAAAUUGAUAAUCAAUUUGAUCAUCUGAUUAUCAAUUUCCGUUUGUAAUGCAAAAUGACUGAAAAACGGCAAACUUUGCAAGGCUAUAUUAUCCGCAUUUUACAACAUUUUGCAACAAAACUUUGGAAUAUUACUAAUUUUGUCCGGACUUGUCUAGAUCAAAAUUUCACUUAAAAGGGGAAAGGUCUAUUGAAAUACAGUAAAAUUUUGGGGUCUCUCUCAAGUUAUGGCGCUGACAAAGCACCCCAGGUACCCAACUCUUAAAACCAUGAGUAUUUGGUUCUUGUUUUCUAUAGGAUUUAAGUUUGACUUGCGUUUAUAUGUUGGUGUGACAUCCUUUGACCCAUUACGUAUCUACCUAUAUGAAGAAGGCUUAACCAGGUACGUAUUGAAAAAGCACAAUAGUUGAUGUACAGUACUGUAUACCAAAAAAUAGUCAGUAUCCAAGUAUACAGUAAGUUGCAGUCGUUUUUGUAAGAAUUAGCUGAAAGUGAGGGCGCUUUUUUAGGGGUUUAGUAGGUAGUAUACAUCUAACUUAUGGAUAGAAUGAUAUUUGCUAAGCAAAUAAACACCUGCCACGCAGGCUAAUAAGACUGGACCAGAAAACUGCGGAAUAAGAGGGAUUCAACUAGGCCAAAAAAAAAUAUGUGGGUUUCCGGUUUCCCGACCCUACCUAGCUUUUGGACGUCGAAAUCCCGACCCUAAACUUUUUUAUUGGAUCAUGCUUGUAAGUGUUUCCACUUAGAGGAAAAAGUUUGUGGAAAAUUGAAAUUUGAGGCAAUAUUAAGGAAAUUUAUCUUUGGAUGUGGAAGCACUGACUAAACAAAAUGGCGUCCGCUUAUUCGGAAAAUUAAAAAAAAAGUUUAAAAAAAAAAGUUAAAGCCGACCUACCCUACCUAAGUUUUUAUAAGAAGAAACCGGAAACCCACAUAUUUUUUUUUUUGGCCCUACCUGAAAAAUACAAGUAAACCCUUAGAGCCAAUCCUUUUCCCGAAGUUACGGAUCUAUUUUGCUGACUUCCCUUACCUACAUUGUUCUAUCAACUAGAGGCUGCUCACCUUGGAGACCUUUUGAGUCAAGGGCCUUCGAAGUUACUACUGAAUUUCCCGACGAAGGGCCAUCGCUCAAAAAGUCGAAGGUUUACUUGUAUUUCUCAGGUAGUCGAAUCCCUCUUAAUUUGCAGUUUUCUAAUGUCAUAUAUUGUCACUACCUGCGCUGGCAAAUGCAGACCGUUUGAGUUUGUAUUAAUAAGGUUGUAGUGCUUUAGCAUUCGACUGAUGAAUAAACGACCCCCCUCCCAAGAUUUCUAAUGGGUGUGGUGUUUUUAGUAUUCAACUGCUGAAUAAACGAGCCCCAGAGAUUACUCUUUACCAGCCCCAGAGAUUAAUUACAUAAAACAUGUUAUUAUUUAUUUAAAAAAUUCCUGGUUUCUGAUUGGCUAACAGCCAACUGUGAAAUUGUCAUAUCAAAUCAAUCGCUAACCAAAUACGGAUUUUUCACAUUCAUAUUAGCAAAAUGACGUCAAAGAGUCAAUAUAAAAAAAUUUGGACGCGUUUGCGCCAUAUUACUAUGACGACGAGAAUCAUAUUGACUCGCGGACGCCAUUGAUAUUACGCAACGACGGCUGCCGAAGGUCUAAGGAAUUGUUUUUUUCUUAAUACAAAUAAAAUGCAAAUGUUUGUUUUGAAUUUUUAAAAUAAAUAAUAAAACAAUUAUUGAAUUCGGUUUUCGCACAAUAUGAAGAAUAUAUCAAGCUCUCAGUUUGCCGUUAUCGACCUCAGCCUUCGGCUUCGGUUGAUAACGGCAAACUUCCGGCUUGCUAAUUCUUCAUAUCGUGCUCAACCUCAUUCAAUAAUUGUUAAAUAUUCUUAGGUUUGCGACAGUGAAAUACGACAAGAGUAACCGUAAUAUCAAGAACUCCUGCAUGCAUCUGACCAACUACAGUGUGAACAAGAAGAAUGAUGAUUACGUCAGGUAGGUUAUAGGCAACGGAUAUUUUAACAGCACAAAAUUUACGUCAUGGUUAUUCUUCCGACACCGUAAGUUAUUUGGCUAUAUAGAUCCGACAAAAGUGUUUUCCUCGUUCUUUAAACAUGCUAAAAUGAUACCAAAUAGAUUUCAGUGGAUUUCAAGCAAUUCCUUAGUAGUCGAGUGGUGAGUGGUUAAGACACUUACCUUGCAUGUGCUAUCGCCCAGAUUGAAUCUAGGAGUGGAAUUUCAAGAGUUCUUCUACCUGCAAACAAGUGGCCGUUCCGAUUAGGAUAAGAACCGGGAAGGGUUAGAUAGAGUGCUGGACAGGUUCAUAAAAAAAUUAUUGUCUAUAAAAAUGUGAAUAUUGUAUGUUCGCAUGCGUAAUACUAUGUCGGAUCUAUAGCUGCUAUAGGACUUAUAGUACGACUGACCCCGAAUAUGAAUUUUUGUAUGUGUAAUAUUUGGGUCAUUCUAAGAAGAAAUUUAAUAUAUGUCUUUAUUAAAUUUAUAGUAAAAAACCUCAUUUUGAUCAACUGUUUUACUAUCAAAGUUUCCGGAUAUGAUGUCAGUAGGUGAAUUUUUGUAGCAAAAACCAAAUGAAAACUAAUUUGCAGUUCAUCCAAUGACAUCAUAUCCGGAAAAUUUGAUAGUGAAAAAGUUGAUCAAGAUGAGGUUUUUUAUUAUAAAGAUAUAUUACAAUUCUUCUUAGAAUGACCCAUGUAUUAUACAUACAAAAAAUUAUAUUAGGGGUUAGUCACACUUUAAAGUUUCUGUGUCUGAUGGAUAACCACCGCGCCAGAUUUAAGUGUCAACAUUUCUGAACUUGGCCAUUUUACGCUUUCCCGUGUUAAGGUGUACUGAAAGCCUUCAUACUGUAAUGUACGUUGAAACUACCUUUAGUUGUAAUGACCCAGAAGUCGAAGAUUACGGCAACAAAUGGAGUUUUGGAGCUUUGCUGAGAUUUCUAAAAGCUAGAGGCGUCGAUACAUCCAGUACGUAGAACAACGUAUACCAUAGUGGUUCUUAUAAAGCUUUUAAUAAAGUAUCCUGUGCUCUUAUGAGACGUUUAUUUGUAAUGACGAUGGUUCCUUUAAGGUCUUGUGGCAAAGAUUGAAGAUGUGAUUGUAAAGACGAUGAUUUGCGGGGAAAUACCAAUCGCGACAGCUUGUAAAAUGUUUGUCCCUCACCGUGGAAAUUGCUUUGGUAAGUUAAACGCUACCGUUAUGCCUUAAAACUGUAUUAAAUUGAAAAGAUGGUCCUAUAUAGUAAUACUUUAAGCAUGGAUGGAAAUUUUUUGUAAGUAAAUUAGUUUCCCGUUAUUUUUAGAGAUCUAUGGUUUUGAUGUAUUGAUUGAUGACAGUCUAAAACCUUGGUUGAUGGAAGUUAAUUUAUCACCUUCAAUGGCAUGGUAAUUCAUUUAUACUUUACAAAAUUUGUCACAAAAUGCACCCUUCCGGAAAGUUGGUCCAUUUGGCUAUAGAGCCUCGUUUUCGUGUAUAUGACAUUUGUCAUUUAUACUGUAGACCUGGAGCGGGGGGGGGGGGGAUUCGGAAAAAUAUUACCCGAAGUGAUGAAAUAUCGUCACUGAGAGUGAGAGUAUUAUUUCGCCGAAUCCCCCGAGCCGAGGGUCGAUAAAUAAUAUUAUACCGAAAAUUAAAAGCCUCCAAGUUGAGAAUAUAAAACUUGCUACAUACCUUCGUGAAUAUGUUUUAUUUUUUGAUUAACGUUACUAGGUAUUUGUCACUUUUCUUUCAAAUCACAUAUAUGAUGAUAAAUUUCAUGCUCACGUGCACAAAUUUAGCUUUCUGAUUGGACACUUUGAAUUUGAAGUAUAGUAUUAGUUAUUUAUAUAUAUAUAUAUAUAUAUAUAUAUAUAUAUAUAUAUAUAUAUGAGUGAAUUGGGGACAACGGACAUUAUAAACACUUGUGAUUACUGUAGGUCUACCUGUAUACUGAUUGUAUCCUAUAUGUUUUUGUUCAGUGAUUCACCGAUGGAUUUGAAGAUCAAAUCAAAUCUUUUGACAGACAUGUUCAAUUUAACAGGUAACAAUAAUUGUACGGCCAAGUCAGUUCUCUAGUAAUUGGAAAUGAGUCAAGCAGGAUUUGUAACAACCCGUAAUACGUUUAUUAUAUUAAUAUUUACAUAUUAUCUUUCCCUACUAGGGUUCCUUGCCCACGAUCCGUUGUUGAAGCGAGUUCCAAGUCGACAAAACAUUGGACCUCAUGUUCGAAACCACUAUCAGGUAUGGUAAAUACUCCACAUAUUCCCAAAGCGUGUAUACAGGGCCGCCGAGAGGGAUGGGGGGUGGGUUACUUUUCCCCAGGCCCCGGUUCAAAAGGGGCCUCGCCCUUAAAAUUUUUUGAUACAAGAUUGUUAACUGAGAAAAUGAAUCCUAGCUGCGUUAGUGCCGGAAAAUAUGCAAUAAAUUAAGGAAGAAUGUACUUAAAAAUUGGGGAAAUUUCCAAAAAGAAGCAAAUAUAUAUAGGUACAGCUUAUAGUUAUGAUAUCAUAGGGGUCCCUGGGAAAGUAUUCCCCUUGGACCCACACAACCUCUCGGCGGCCUUGCAUGUGUAUAACAUGAACGUUUUUAAUUUAAUAAGUUUUCAAAGACCCAGCAGUAACACUCAAUACUCAUUUAUCUCUCUGCAGAGACAACGUUGUCAGUCGGCUGGUUCAGUAUCGACGCGUACAAUAUCCAGCAGUUGCAGUAAUAUACCAAACAACAAAAACAAACAGAUAAUUCAAGACAGUGAACGUGGUUUGACCGCUGAAGAGCAGCGUGUGUUUCGAGAAACUAAAGAUGAAUAUAUGAGACGCGGCCAUUUUGUGAGGAUAUUUCCUACACAGACCUCUCGUGAACGCUAUGGGUGCGUAUCGUGCUUGUUGUGUCGAGUUCAAUUGUGAAAGCUUGUUCUGACUAUGAGGCCAUGAGCCGGGGUAGCCGUGAUAAAUCGUGUCACGAAACAUUUUUCUUGACCAUAAAAGAUCGUUUGAAUGAACUUUAUACUACAUGUAUUACUGGAAUCAAACUAAGAUAGUUUAACUUUGAAAGGUUUGUCAACAGUGCUCUCACUUUAUGGAAUUAUCCUUAAAAAUAGGAAUUUUGAAGAGUUUUAAGGAUUUUUCUAAGGAAUUGUUUUCAGUUUUUAGUGCUUAGAAACAAGGUUGAAAAACUGAAAAACAGCAAAAAAGGAGAAGAAACACUUUUUGCAACUAUGUGACCAGGCCUAAGUGUAGUAAUUUUACCAAUUUAAGGAAUUUUAAGGAAAUCUGAGGAAUUUUCUAGCUUUUUCUAAGGAAUUCGAAAAUUUGAUUGUGAGAGCACUGUUUGUCAAUGCCGUGAUAAGAGCUUUACGAAUCAUCCCGGUUAACAGGGCCCUUGCACCACCCCAUGGAUAGCCUGCAUCCCUCCUUGCAGAUGAGGCUAGAUCCGUCCCAGACAUACAGUAUAUAAUAUCUAUAUGAGCGCUCUCAUUCCCAGCGAUAAGGGGCAGAGCGCUAACCGCGUUAACUAUUACUGAGUUUGAGACGUUUGAAAAGUGAUGUAAAAUUUCUUGCAGCUCGUACUUGGAAUACAGAACAACAAAUAAUCGGAUGUUGUUUGCAAGACUCUUUCUUGACAAGUAAGAAUUAAUUUAUUGCCUAUCGUGCCCUCAUUUGUCCAGUCGAUGUGUCCAAUGAAGACUCGUAUGUUUUACAAUUUGUAUGUUUUAGGUCAGCACCGACAAUUACCUACGAUGAAAAUGACGUGCCUGUCGUGUCUAAUGUUUAUAUCUAUGGUCAGACUUUGAAUGAAAGAAUGAUUUGUUAUGAACGACAACUGCCUUCUUUGGUUUGUGAUUAUUGAUGAUUUUCUUAUUUAUUUAUUUAUUUAUUUAGCUUAUACACAUAUAAAAACGCACAAGUUUUAACAAAUCUGCAGUGGACUUGUAGCAAUGCUGUUCCAACAACUUGUCAUCAGGAUGUGUUCCCACUGCUUGUUCCCAGGUUGUUGACAAGUUGUCAACGGCUUGUUGAUAAUUUCCUAUAAGGUUGUUGAGACUUGUUACAAGUUGUUCCAACAACUUGUUAUAAAUUCAACAAGUUCUCAACAAAUACUGAGUGACAACCUUGUAGCAACUUGAUAAAAUAACAGCAUUGUUCCUACUUGUUGACAAGGUUGCUACAAGCCUAUUGUGAACACAUCUUAUUGACAAGUUGUGAGAUUUUUACGUGUUUUAACUUAUAAAACACCUGCUCAUAUAAAACAUGUCCCAUGCAGGGAAAGGCAGGGACACCACAACAGUUUAACACAAAUCACUUUGGCUCACUCUUUUUAUUUGGAUUGGUUGUUAACUAUUUAGGUUACUUCUCAACAACAACAACAACAACAACAACAACAACAACAACAAGUUGUGACACGGAAAGACAGUGAGGAAAAAGUUGAUGGUAAAUGUGAGUUCUUGGGUUCUAUCAUUUAUCUUAUUGCGGAUUAACUGCAGUCUACAGUACACGGCGGUUUAAAAACCUUGGUGUUCAUAUGAGGAAUUAGGGAAGAGCAAGAGGCAAUAAUUCUAGUCUCCCUACUACACGAGUCGGUGGCGGGUACCAUGGCCUCAUGCGUAGGAAUGGAUCCAGCUUGGUUUGGUAGGAGGGGGGCGGGGUUGCAGAGCAAGAGCUCGUUAUCAGGCAUAACGUGAUUCAUCAUCACUGCAUUAUGACCGGGAGCAGUAUAACAGUGUUCUUCGCCUUCUCCACUCCCACGGAAGUUGGAACCCCCUUGCAUACCCCUUGGCCAAUGUUAUUGGGUAAGCACCCUCUCCCGGCCCAGUAAAUCCAUCAAACAUUUUGGCAUUUUGGGCCCAGCUGGCAGCUGCCCUAUAGCGAAAGGCGUGAUCCCUCUAGGCUCCCCACUGUACGCGAAACGGUCGUGUGACUUUUGUAAACCUUUCUUUUUAGUUUCUAGCCAGCAACCAUCAUUAGCCCAAGGAGAACUAGAAGAUCGCCAUACUGAAGUGGUAUUUACUGAUGAAGGAAACAAGAGUCCUAUCACCAAGGAUGCUGACGUCACGAACCACAGUGUUGUUCACAUGGAGGAAGUUAUCAACAAGGCUGGAGAUCUGAGGUAAAAUAUAGUUGGACUGUCAGGGAGUUAUAUGUACGUAACUGGAGUAUUAUGUUCUGAUCAGCAAGACUGGAGAUCUCAUCUGAGGUAAACUAUAGAGGGACAGUCAGUGAGCUCUAUAUUUUUGUAACUGGAGUAUUAUGUUGUGAUUGGCAAGGCUGGAGAUCUGAGGUAAACUAUAGAGGGACAGUCAGUGAGCUCUAUAAUUAUGUAACUGUGAUAUUAUGUUGUGAUCAGUAACGCUGGAGAUCUGAGGUAAAAUAUAGAUGGACAGUCAGGGAGCUCUUUGUGUAACUGGGAUCGUAGAAUCAUUAAUAAUUCAUAAACCAAUGUUUAACGAGAUGUUGUAUCCACAUGUACAAAAUUCUCCAGAUUUGCAUAAACGGUUCUCCUUGAUUUUCUCAGCUACAAUUUGAAUACUUUUUGGGUGAUUUCUGAAAACACAACUGUUGAAAUGCUUACGUUUCACUAGCUACUGUAUAUGCAGCAUUUACAUCCAUGUUGUAUCAACAACCUCUCGCCUUCGGGUGGAGUUUGCAUAUCUAAUACAACAAGACCGCUCAUGCUGUAUAUAUUACUAAUAAGGUACUGAAGGUGAAGCUUGGGGUGUUGGACCGUUGGGACAGUAAUUAAUGUACCUACUGUACCAGAGUUUCAAUUCCUGCAAUAUGAAGUUUUUUUUAUUAUAAUUUCGUCUCACUUCGCCUUAUUUUUCGUGAAUCAAAUUUCAGCAAACUGCAAGCCCGCAAGGCAUUUGCAAUGUAUCUUCGACGUGUGAAAGAAAGACUCAUGAAGGAAGAAAGGUAAGAAACGAUAAACCUCGUUUCUCUAUGAAUAUGUUAACAUCAAUAGGAUAGAAUCAAGAUGAGCAGGGAUUUAUACAUUCAAGCUUUGUAUAGUCCACUACAGUGUGUUCGGAAGAGCAUUAGUUUUAGUAGAAGAGCACUCCCCCCCCCCACCCCCACUCCGCACGGAACAUUCUUGACGAAUAUACAACGAUCAAGUACUUUCUUCCUUUUACAAUAAAUGAUUCACAUUUGCCACCAUUUCUUCAGUAUUGAGUUUCGAAACUCAAUCGAAGAUUGAAUUUUUACUACCGUAAGACUGGUUUACACUGCUAAUCACCCUUAUUUGAAGCUGAGAGCUAAGCUGAAUUGCGAAGGACACAGCUCAACCUGAUCCAGUUGCUUUCCAAAAGCCCGUUUACACUUGCAAAUUUUGCUGUGAUUUCUAGUGCGAUUUUCUUCUUCUGAGGCUGGUUGCACGAAGGUCGGCGCUAUCCACCUUUGUAAAAUGCUUGAAAAACUGUGAAACUACGGAUAGACGACACAAGAAGUAUAAAAAAAACAUUUAACUUAUAAAUACUAAACUUUAAUACGAGUUAUACCAAUCAACGACUGAUUUAACAAAGCUUGAAAAAAUCACUAUCCGGUGUAUAGCGCUAUCCGGCCUUCGUACAACCGGCCCCUGAUUGUUGUGAACGAGUAGACGAGUUACGAAUAUUCUGAGUAUACAUGUAUCAGUCCUUGAAACUCCAGAAAUUUCAGGUCGGCAAGAAAUUGCCGACCUAAAAGCGAUAAUUCUCAACCUAAGUCGGCAAAUAUUUUCAAACAAAUAGAAAAUAUUCAAAUGAAAAUUUAAUUUGCUUGCUGCAAAUACGUGUAUUUAUAAACAGCAAUUAAUUGCAAUCAAUGCCAAUAUAGCAAACAAAACAACAAACAAAAUGUAUGAACACCAAUCGAACAGUGCAUGCAUGUUGUGACUACUUUAUUACCAUGCCUACUUUCGCUUAAAUCUUGAAGCUCGAUUUUAACUCGUAUGUUUACUUUUCAAAGUUUUCAACAAUGAAACUGCAAUGUGACUACUACGCAAGCUCGUUGAAAAUGCAUAUGUGAAAGAUGCGUUCGCGGAAAAAAUGCCGAGACGUAUUUGAAAGUAGGUCGGCAAAAUUUUGCCGACCUAACCCACAUAUAUCGCUUUGCAGGUCUGCAUUUAGGUCGGCGUUGCCGAAUGCCGACCUGAGUUUCAAGGACUGUGUAUGUAUACCCUCAUCUGGACAUUCAUAACUCAUCCACUCGUGCACAUCUAUUAGAAGAAGAAAAUCGCAACUAAGGCUAUGUUUACAUUGUAUCGGAUCACUUUGCGUCCGACGCAAAAACCAUACUGGAUAGGGCUUCUGUUUACAUAUGAAAUGUUGUUAUCGUCCCAAUUUUUGCAACGAGCGGUGGUGCGGCGGUUCGCUCUUCGAAGUGGUGCGCGGUGUAUCGGAUCGGUUUUUGCAACGCUCUCAUUGUAAUGUAAACACCAAUCGGAGCAAUUUCGGUUCAAUGCGUGACUCAAGAUGGAAUCUGGCAAACAACAACUUACUAUUCUAAUAAUAUGUAGAAGGAAAUACGACGGCAUAGAUGGGCGGGGGCGGAAGCUGUUUACACUUGGGCCGUAGCUUUUCGCGAACGAAACAAAAACUGAUCCGAUACAAUGUAAACAUAGCCUAAGUGUAAACGGGACUUAAAGUCGCCUCUGGCAGCCAUCUUGUGACUCAUGUUUGAUCACGGAGUACAGCUACGGUGGAAGGGUCAGUGGCUAAUCCCAACCUACCCUGGUUGCCAGAGGUUCUCGUGUCUUUCGCCUUAAGUGGGAAUAAGGCGAAUGAUACGAGAACCUCUGGCAACCAGGGUAAUCCCAACCCACCCUGUCAACAUUCUCUGCGGGAGGAAACCGGAGUACCCAGAGAAAACCCACGACUUUCGGUAGAGCGUUGUUCCAAUGUGAGGAUCGAACCCACAAUCUCAGACGUGAAAUGCGUUUGCUCUGAUGAUUGCUACACCGAAGCCCCAAGGGAAAGGAAGGGAUGGAAUAGCAUAGGAAGAAUAGAAUGGAACGGAGUAUAAAAGAACGAAAGAAUGAAAUACAUGCAGGCAGACUGAAAGUAGAUUGGACGAAACAAAUGAAUGGACCUACAGUAUUCCCUAGUGGACACAAUUUUGAUCUAGACAAACACUAAACAUUUAACCACAGCUUGAAAGAACAUCACAAAAUUAGUAAUAUUCCGAAGUUUCGUUGCAAAAUGUUGUAAAAUGCGGAUAAUAUAGCCUUGCGAAGUUUGCCGUUUUUCAGUCAUUUUGUAUUACGCACGGGAAAUUGAUACCGCUUUCUGAAAAAGGUGGAAUAAAUGGAUGGAAUAACUUAGAGAUGAAUACAUUAACAUAUAAUCAAAGAAUUAAGCUAAAUUUGAGUUCAACCAAUUAUUUAGUUGUGUCUAUGAAGAAUUGGGUGAUGAGAGUGAGAAGAGCAAACAGGACGAACAAAUGAGUUUGGUGAUUCGUUUCCUUAAACGAGCGGCAAAAAAUCUUCGACAAGAAUUUAAAGUUAUCAUCCCGAGUCACAAAUUACAUCCACAAGACAGGUGAGUUUGAAAAUUGAAAAUAUAUAUUAUUUAUGACUUGUUAUUCGUGUUUAUUAUUGAAAUGUUUGGUUUAUUAUUACUCUACUACAAGACGGUUUAUUAAAUUCAGCUUUUAAUAUGUGUCGGCCCUCUGGUCAUGUCUGCACAUGAAUCACUUAUAAUUUAUUGUUGACUUUUUCCACAAUUUUUUUAGGCUAAACUGAUACGCCUUCUUUGCUUUCCUGUUUUGAAAUUUUUAGUAAAUUGAUGAUGUGAAUUCAUUCAUUGCCAUUUGCUCGGUUUUUAUUUGAGACAACUUGUAAUAUUAAGCGUCAUUUACCCUGCCCUUGUUUGUGGUGGAAUUCUUAUAUGACAAAAUGCUCGGGAUAAUUUGCAUCUGCAUAUAUCGAGUCGAUCAAAAUUUGUCUUAGUAACUGUCUUCAUGCAAACUUCUGCUUCACAUGCAAAUGUAAUGAAAUUAGAAGAAUAUGUGAAUAAUAACAUACAUAUGAUCAAAAGUAUAAAUAAUAAUAACAAAAAGUGCAUCAUGUAAUUAAAAUGGUACAUAUAUACAUAUUGAGGCGGAGCUUCAUUUUUCUCCCAUCAUUAGGCGGUGUCUGUUAAUGAAAAACCAUGGCUCUUCGCAAUCGCUUGAUGUUUUUUUCACUUUGUAUUAUAAUAACACUUCCAAUGCAGUUGAAUACGGCAAAAAUAAAAAUCAAGAUAUUUCGAAGCAAUUUCGAAACAACAAAGCUGCCAUCCUUGAGCGAUUUACUCAAGAUUAACCAAGAAACAAGUAUAUUCACUUCGCCAAAUGAAAACCAAAGGACCCAAAUUCGACAAGAACGAGAUGCCACGGAAAAGUGUUGGAAUUUUUCUUGUAAAAAACACGCAAGGAAGAUUACUUAUCCUGUCGAAAAAGACGCGAGAGACUUUUGCUACUGUGACAACCUCUGCCAAGUCAUGCAAGAUUGUUGCUAUGACUAUGAUUCAUACAACAAGACAAACGAAUUGUCAGCUUCGGAAGUGAACUCCACAUGGUCCUGCGUGAAAUUUGGUGAAAAUUUGCCUGUAUGGAUGAAAGUGAAUUGCUCGAAGACAUGGACCAAGCCGGACAUCGCAACACGAUGCCUCAACGCCCCCCAAACGCUCAAUUCCUCGACCUACACUGACUUUAUUCCGGUUGUGGGCGCUGAUAAUAUAACAUAUCGUAAUCAAUUUUGUGCCGUAUGCAACAACCAAAAUGAGUUCGACUUUUGGGACUUAGAUAUAAACGUCUAUCCGCCAGGAGUUAGCACUGUUAGUGAAUUAAUGGAUUUCUUGGUUGGAUAUUAUGGAGGGCUUGUUAAUGGCAUUGUUGUCGCAAAGGAGAAAUGGCAUCCUCGAAGAUAUUGUUUGGAGCCGGUUUCUACUUGUGUGAAUGGACACGAAGAUAUCGAGGUUGUCAAUGAGUGCUUGUUUGGAAAAGUAGGCAUAGUACAAGAUUCGAAUGAUGUACAAUAUAAAAACAAAGCCUGUGCUUUAUGCAAUAAAACUAGCGAGAAAGUCAUAUGUGGCCCACAGUUCCUCGGGACUCGUGGAGGAGUACCUGAGUUUGAAAACUAUGAUUUCUAUAUUACAAUCAAUUUUAGAAACCCCAAAACAACGCGGUUUACGGCUUCGAGUAGUUGUGGCCAAAAUGCAGUAUUUGAUAAUCAUUUGAAAACAUGUGUUAAAAGCAGCGAACUAGUUUCUCCAGAGAAAUCGCCGCUUGAUAAAUACAGAAUAGCGAUAUGGUUGAAAACAAAGAUUAAACUGCCUGAAAGUAAUCUUACUUAUCAUAUAGCGAAAUUUAUUUCUGAUGUUUCGGCAACCAGUAUCCAUAACCCAACAAAGAAAAAGUUGACUAAAAACAAAGUGCCUUCAACAUAUCUUCUAAGAUUCGAAGUGGAUUUGACAUUUAUCCAAACCGUGGAAUUAUCCAAAAACGUUUCCACUUCUUUAGGGGCGUAUUCUAUCAAAAAAUUCAUUCAACCGUUUUCAGGAGUAUUUUAUAUUCCGUUUGGUACAGAGUUUAUUAAAGUUGUGAAAACCGCGUAUCGGCGGCUGGCGUGCUUUGGACUUAAAACUUAUAAUCCUUCCGAAUACGUAGAAAUAGACGGGAAGGUCUUUGUAAAUAAAACUGGGAAAUAUUAUUCGAGGGAAGACUAUUUCAGAAACGGUUCAGGCAAUGGUGCUAUUAAAAUUUGCGAGCAGCAAUUACCUAACGAAUGCUAUGGACGAUACAAAGAGUAUAAUCGAAGCGAAUUCCAAGUCAUACAAGACAAUUUAUCGCUAUAUCACACCAAGGAAAAAGUUAUGUACAGUUAUAACGAAUACUCGAUAAAGAGUGAUUCUAUAUUUAUCUGCCAUGAAGUAUCAAAUCCAACCGCUGGUGACGGUGUUCGCGGGUUCAUAACAUUCAUCGCUAUGAGUUUAUCUGUGAUCAGUCUAUUUUCUGUGCUAAUUACGUAUUCCAAAUUUUCACAGCUCCGUGCACCCCCUGGAAAAAACCUGAUGAAUUUAGCUUUGGCUUUAUUAAUUUUCGAUAUUUUAUGGCUGACACGGGGGUGGUUCACAAAUCUGCGCCCGCUGUGCACCACAAUGGCGUUCGCCCAACCAUACUUCAUUUUAGUCUCGUUAACAAGCAUGGCCAAAAUCGCGCAUGAUACGAUGGGGAUGUUCGCUGACCCUAUAGCGCAUCAACGAAGAAACACGUCAAGAUUUUUGAGGUUUUUGGUUAUCUGGUUAAUUCCCGUUGUCUAUGUUGCUGUGUGCGUGCUGCUGUGGCAAUACAGUAUCUUAACAGUAAACGACUUGGAAUGUUGGAUAACUGGGACAUAUGAGUACAUUGUUGUUUUUGUACCAGUAUGUAUCUCGAUGUUUUACAAUAUACUUUGCUUUACGCGAAGUAUCUGGGAGAUGCGUAAGCUGGAACAGAAUGGUCAAAUGUUGCGGGCGCAAAAGCAAGAGAAACGUUCGGUGUUUAUAUAUAUUAAGAUUUCAACCUUACUUGGAUUGGGUUGGACUUCCACUUUUAUUGCAGUAAUUUUCCCUGUAUUCUCCUACGUGUUUGUUUUCCUUACUUCGUUUCAAGGCGUCUAUAUUUUCCUUGCAUUCGUAUGCAAUAAGAAUGUUCUGAAGUUGUACAAAAGUCUGUACCGUGGACAGUCUAAUUCUCGCCAAACAAUAUGCAUGAGAGGCAGCCUUAGUCAAUCAACUACAGCAGAUAGGCUUUAAGGUGUUGGAAAGACGGAGAUUUAGUUCAAUAUGACUUUAGUCUGAAAAGGCUAAUAACUUUUAUUGUGAUGUUUGUGGUGUUACUCUGAGUGUAUAUCCACACCGGGCGAGCUUGAAAAAUAUGCCCGGCCACGGUGGGAAUCGAACCUACGACCUUUGGAAUACUAGCCCAAUGCUCUGCCGACUGAGCUACGCGGUCAGGACGGUUCGAGUAAGUGAUAUUUCGGAACAGAAUCUAGUCCCUUCGAUACCAGUGUAAUCUUGUAAUAUGAUUUUUUCUGUGUUGGUGUUGUGUACUCAGGUGAAUAUGAUGUUUGUGGUGUUACUCUGAGUGUAUAUCCACACCGGGCGAGCUUGAAAAAUAUCACUUACUCGAACCGUCCUGACCGCGUAGCUCAGUUGGCAGAGCAUUGGGCUAGUAUUCCAAAGGUGGUAGGUUCGAUUCCCACCGUGGCCGGGCAUAUUUUUCAAGCUCGCCCGGUGUGGAUAUACACUCAGAGUAACACCACAAACAUCAUAUUCACCUGAGUACACAACACCAACACAGAAAAAAACAACUUUUAUUGUAUAUAUUAUUCAGACUAACUUAAGUUUCUUGUAAAAUUUAAUAUAUUCAGUAAUAAAGCAAUAUAUUCACUACGUUAUUUUACCUUACCCUUCGAUUGUUAUUAUAAGUUAAAAGAUAUGCCAUGUUGGUGUGUGUGUGCAUAUAGUUAGUUUAGUUUAGGUUUCCUCCUGUAGUAACUCUGGAUCAACAAGGAAUUACUCUAACUGGACCUCUAGGGAGAACAGUUGAGAACUAAUUAUAGAGCUAUCUAGUAUAAAUAAAGCUAUUUUAGUUCAAGUUUUUACACUUUUACACACGUGUUCCAUUGAUAACGAUGUUUGUUUUCCAUUGAUAACGAUGUUUGUUUGAUUAAUUUCGUAUCUAUCCUGUGUCUAUUUAGGCGAAGAAUGUUGGCGCAGCAGUUGGGAGAUUUUGUUCAUAUUUAUGACAAGGUAAAGAUUCCGGGUGUUUUUCCAAUGAUGUGCCAACCUAACUGAAAAUGGUUCGCUGAAUGGGCACUACUCCAACGGGGUGCGAUGGUCCAUCAUAAGCGCCGGAGUUAUGGGAGUGGUUUGGGUAAAAUAGCCCAUAGCAGGGAGCCAAGGUGGUGGGUGGAGUGGCAAUCGCAAGGAUUCUUAUCUUCCUAAGGUAGAACAAGAACCUUGGUAGUGAAGAUUAAAUUUCUAUUUUCUUGUGCAGGAGACUGCUCAGAUGAAGGGAAGUAAGAACUUUGAUGACGUGGACAAUGCUGACGCAAUGUCAGAUGAAGACUUUAAAAGCUUCCUGAAUUUGGCGAGGUUGGUAUUAACUGUGAUUUAAAGGAUUAGCAUUGCGGGCUUUUGUUUUUGUUUACAUUUUACUCAAAUACAACAAAUAGCGAUAAAAAUACCUUGUUUGGUUCAUUUCUGAUAAAAAUCAGACAAAAAGAGCAAGGAUUAUAAAAGGAUGGUUUAAAUAUAUAACGGAUUGUAAAAACUUUCCAGAUCAUCUAAUCUAUUCGACUAUUCGUCCCGAAAAAUGGCCGUCAGCAGGAGUUUGAGCCCGCGAAUUCAUGGUCUGAGUGGUGAUCUUUAAAGUGCAGUUUACACUUGCAAUUUUUGCUACGAUUUCUAGUGCGAUUUUCUUGUUCUGAUGCAUGUGAACGAGUGGAUGAGUUAGGAGUUUCUGAGUAUUAUUUGUACCCUCAUUUGGACAUUCGUAACUCAUCCACUUGUUAAUAUCCAUCUGAAGACGAAAAUCGCACCUAGAGUACCAGCACAAAUUGCAAGCGUAAACGGACCUUAAGUCUGAAGGUUACAGUGCAUUUGUCCCUGGAUUCCAUGGUGAAACAGUUUUGAUUGAGUACCUGUUGUUUGGGAAACCAAACGAGUAAACUGGUGUCUCUUCGACGCGGAAUAUAGAUCGAAAGCUUUGCGAAGGACAUACAUAAGCGUACAGUUUUCACAAAACGAAACAAUCACAUUCAUCGCCAUGUAAACCUGAAAGAAACACUUUAACUUAGUUAAUAAAUAAAUAAAUAAACCACUGUUAACCUUUUCAGUUUUCACGCAUUUUGUUUAUUUCAGUGAAAAUGACCUGGAGGAACUUCUCACCCGCUACACUAGAGUGAACAACAAUGCUAGUAUAUUUCUUGGAAAUUCUCCCAGUCAUUCAGCUGCCAGCCAAUGGAAAGCUAGCAAACCACCUUUACAACGUCAGACUGAAACUAGGAAACAUUUGAGAAGGUAUACAUUAAGAUAACAUACUAUGGGCGGUGGCCCAUUGGCUAGUGCACGUGCCUGCAAAAUGCAGUUGUGUGAUUAUAAUGUGAAAAAUGUAUUUCCAGUCCGACUCUACGAAACUUCGCAGGAUUUCUCCAGGUAUUCAUCAGAUUUGCUCCUGUAGUAACACUAGUCACUAAACCAAUAAUAAAUGACCCUUACUGAACCUCUAAGGAACUGAUAGAGGUAUCCAUUAUAAAUAAAGUUAGUUUAGGUUUCCUCUUGUAGUAACUCUCAACCAACAAGAAAUUGCCUUACUGAACCUCUAACGAGAACAGUUUGGAACUGAUAAAGUUGUUCAAUAUUCAUAUUAAAAUAUCGAAGUAAUUUCCCUCCGUAGUUCAAAACGGCGUGUUCUUAUUUUUCCAGUCACAGUGCUCACGUGCUAACUACGACAAACACUCAAGAUGCUGGAAAUAAACGCAAACCUGAGCAAACAAGAACACAAUCUGCAAUGUCUGAAAAGAACCGACGUUUGGCUGGUGCUAUAGCUGCUUAUGGGAAGUCAAUGGAUGUGAAUAAGAAUAAGAAACGUCCUGCGUCUGCUAAUGUUCUCACCGAACGAAGUACGUAGCAUUUAUAUUUCGUUUAUUUAUGUAAUAUGGUUUGGAUUGUUGAUGUAACAGUGGUGAAUACAUGUGACUUUCAUCUGUCUGACCAGGGUUCCAUUCCUGAAAUAUACUGUAGAUAGGCGUCUAUAGAUGGGCGUUUAUUAGUGAUUUCCUUGCAGACGUCUGAGCACUCUGACCCCAUGACACUCUGCACAUGUCUACACACGUAAAAGUCUCACAUCUUGUAGCAAGUCUGCAAACAAGUUGUCUUCGCUCUGCUUGUCCCAAGUUAUCAACAAGUUUGGAACAAACUGUUAACAACUGGUAACAACCUUGUUGAUUUUAUCAGAGUUGUUGCAAGGUUGUUCCAACACGUUUGAUACAGUCAUGAUAUAACAAUAUUGUUACAACCUUGUGUGGUCAACCUUGUAACAUUCUUGUUAUAUCAUGACUCUAUCCGACUUGUUAGAACAACUUUGCUACAAGUCUGAUAUAAAUGCCAUCAAGCUUGUUACAAGUUGUGAACAGCUUGUUCCAGACUUGUUACAACAACUGGGAACAAGUAGUGGAAACACAACUUGUUGAGAGCUUGUGAGUAGAUUUGUAACAACUUGUGCGUUUUUACAUGUGUAGAUGCGUUGAUAUCACUGUGUUAUACACACAUAAAAAUCUCACAACUUGUCAACAAGAUGUGUUCACAACAGGCUUGUAGCAAGCUUGUCAACAAGUUGUAACAAUGCUGUUAUUUUAUCAAGUUGCUACAAGGUUGUCACUCACAACUUGUUGACAAACUGUUGAAUUGCAGGUCGAUAACAAAUUGUCGGAACAACUUGUAACACGUCUGUUAAGCUCAACAACCUUGUAGCAAAGUUGUCACAAGCCGUUGACAACUUAUCAACAAGCUGGGAACAAGCAGUGCGAUGCCAAGUUGUUGGAACAGCAUUGCUACAAGUCUGCUGCAGGUUUGUUACAACUUGUGCGUUUUUACGUGUGUACCACAUGCCCUUGGCGAGAGCAAGUUCAUUUGUAUAAAUACUGUGGCAAUCACGUAUCAAACCUGUACUAAGCUGCAUUGAUGAGCCGUGGAACGCCAAAACAUGCAUGCCUGCAGAUUGUACAUGUAUUACAUAGAUAGGACUUUAGAGAAAGAUAAGACUGUAGUUUACGAAGGUAGAAAGUAAACACCAAACAGUAAAAUUGAUGAACUUUGUUGCCCUCAGUUGUCAUCCAGUUUGUCUCAACCGAACAUCAGAGGUUUCCUUCGACUACCUCGUGUAUUGUCACUGAAUGUGAUGUAUGAAUUUUUAGAACGAAUGUCAAGUGCUUCUCUCACUCGGCCAAUAUCCGCCAAGAGCACAGGAGCUACCGCUUAUGGUAAGAUGAAAUAUUACCUGUAAACACUUUCCAUGUUUGCCUCCAUUCAAAUCGGUGCAGGCUUGAAUUGCUGGGUUUCAGUAGGUGGUCAACUCAGAAAUGUUGAUACUUUAGACAGAAAGCUAAUUUACCACCAAAUACAAGACUACGACAUAUAUUGAAAAGAUUAACAUUAUUUUCUCACUCUGAUAACUGCAGGUUGACCACCAUCUGUUGCACGAUAGUGCUUUAUAGUGAAAGGCAUCUAUUGUCAUGCUUGCUUGACUUGUUCUUACUGUAUAUUAGUGUCAACAUUCCUGAAGUUGAAUUUUUCUGUUUUUGGUGUUUGCUUUAUAGUGAAGGCCAUUUAUUGUCAUGCUUACUUUACUUGUUCUUAUAUUAGUGUCAACAUUCCUGAAGUUGAAUUUUUCUGUUUUUGGUGUUUGCUUUAUAGUAAAGGCCAUCUAUUGUCAUGCUUACUUGACUUGUUCCUAUAUUAGUAUCAACAUUCCUGAAAUUGAAUUUUUUUGUUUUUGGUGUUUGCUUUAUAGUGAAGGCCAUCUAUUGUCAUGCUUACUUUACUUGUUCUUAUAUUAGUAUCAACAUUCCUGAAGUUGAAUUUUUCUGUUUCUGGUGUUUGCUUUAUAGUGAAGGCCAUCUAUUGUCAUGCUUACUUUACCUGCUUCUAUAUUAGUAUCAACAUUCCUGAAAUUGAAUUUUUCUGUUUUUGGUGUUAUGCACUCAAGUGAAGAUAUAUGUUUGUGAUGUUGUCUGUAAGCGACAACAACAGGAAAAUUCAAGAUCGUAAAAACACAUUAAUAUCGAAACUAGACUGAGUUCCAAAAUAUCACCCACUUGAACCGAGUAGAGCAUUGGACUAGCACCAAAGGUCACGGAUUCGAUUCCCCCCGCGGUCAAGCAAACUUUAAUUUCAGCUUGCCCGGUGUGGACACACUCAGAGUAACAUCACAAACAUGAUAUUUUUGUGUGUUUUGAUGUUAUGUAUUCAGGUGAAUAUAAUGUUUUUGAUGUUACUCUGAGUGUGUAUCCACACCUGACAGGCUGAAAAGUUAGCCUGCCAUAACAUCAUAACACACAUCAAAACACAUAUCAUCAAAACACACACAAAAAUAUCAUGAUCAUAGAACACAUUGGUAUCGAAGGUACUAGACUUAGUUCCAAAAUAGCUCAGUUGGCAGAGCAUUGGACUAGUAUCCUAAAGGUCGCGGGUUCGAUUCCCACCGUGGUCAGGCUAACUUUUCAGCUUGCCCGGUGUGGAUAUACAUGCAGAGUAACAUCAAAAACAUCACAAACAUAUUUCUGAAUUUUACCACAUUCUGCUGCUCUGUUCGUCUUACUGACACCCACCACAGGAGGUAUUUAGAAAUCUUUUUAUCAUUACUAGAGCGAGCAAUGAGAGAAAAAUCUGUCUCUGAGGCUUUGAAGCAGCUGGCAAAGCGGCAAGCAGUACGUCAGUACAGUGCCAGACCACCGCUGAAAAUUGAAACGAACAAAUGGAUGCAGCCGGUGGAAAAUACUGAUAAUUCUGCUGAUAGUGGGGAUAAUGUGAGGAUAGAUAGGGUCACUGCCGGUACAGAUAGGGUCACUGGAAGGACAGACAGGGUCACUGGAAGGACAGAUAGGGUUACUGGAAGGACAGAUCGGGUCACAGUACACUCUCAUUAUCCUACGAAGAGGAUACAAAGUGAUAAACCUGUAGGUACAUCAGGUGAUAAUCAGAUUGAUGGCUCAAAUAAAAGGAAUGAUAGCGAAAUUAUUGAUAAACGUAGGACAUUUGAUGUACACGAGGGUAUACAAGGUGAUACAAGAUAUAGGAAUGCUGACCAGACGUUUUUUAAUUUGGUUCAAAACGAACUUCAAGUGACUUCGAAACCAGCACAUACUAGAGAAACGCUAGAUAAUAGGCAAUCAAAGGGAAAAUCUGAAAGCUCGGUGAUUUCUAUGGAUAGUCAAGGGCCCUCUAUUGACAGAGAUGGUCCGUCAAGGAUAAUACGGAUCCCAUGUGGUGAUGACAGUACAGAUAUGGUAUCAACAGGUGAUACUGUGGAUAAAUUAGGAUCAGCGAGGCAAGACUAUAAUAAACACAUGCAAAUGUUGAUUGAAAGGUUGGCUGCUCAUAAAUUUAGCAAUCCCAGUAUGGAGGCAAUCGUUCCCAAACCUCCAACAAGACCGCGGUCUGCAAAACGGCCUGUGAGCGCUCAGCGAAUGGCAAGGUAAUAUCAAAUAAUAUAUUUAUGUUUUGCAGAAAUUUCCAUACUAACAAUUAAUUUUAGCCCAGAAUUGUCCCCGAUGUAGUUCUAACCUUAGAGUCAAAAUCAGAAACCGGACUUUUUGUGGUAAUUAUUCUUGGUUUGCACUUGACGUCAUGACCGCCAUGUUGGAGGAAUUCUAACAAAAGAAUAUGAUUCUGUAAUUGACCAUUUGCGUAAUAGACUAAAUUUUGAACUAAACAAGUCUAGACAAAAAUUUCAUUACAGCUUGAAGGAGCAUCACAAAAUUAGUAAUAUUCCAAAGUUUCGUUGCGAAAUGUUGUAAAAUGCGGAUAAUAUAGCCUUGCGAAAUUUGCAAUUUUCAGUUAUUUUAGAUUACAAACGGGAAAUUGACAGCCCCAAACCCUUCGAGGCUGUCAAUUUCCGGUUUGUAAUCUAAAAUGACUGAAAAUUGCAAAUUUCGCAAGGCUAUAUUUUCCGCAUUUUACAACAUUUUGCAACGAAACUUUGGAAUAUUACUAAUUUCGUGAUGCUCUUUCAAGCUGUAAUGAAAUUUUUGUUGGGAUCAAAAUUUAGUCUAUUACGCAAAUGGUCAAUUGGAGCGUGGUUUCCUCCAUCAUGGCCGCCGUGUCGUUGUCUUGUAAAUCUCAAUAUAGGUUCGAUUGGUUCAGUCUAUGACAAAUUUUAUUUUUGAAUUUUUGUGUAGAAUCACAACGAGUCAUGGUAGUCUGAUGUAGAAAAUGGAUUCCAACAGGCUUUGUUUAGCAGGAGUUUAUUUGAGGAAUGUGGUAUACUGUAGUGUGUAUAUAAGACAGCAGGUUUAUUGCCGGCCGACGCAUUAAAGUGCCUAUAUCAUGGUUUUGGAGUUUGCAUAUCUCGAAAGUUUAGGGUAUUUUAAGACACUUUGCAAUAUAUUUUGUUAUUGAAAAAUUUCAUCUUGAUGGAUUUAUUAGCUCUUAAAGUUACCGGACAUGACGUCAAAAUGAGAAUUUUGUUGCAAUGAUGCAAAAGAAAACUGAUUUGCAAUUCUCCUUUUGACGUCAUGUCCGGUAACUUUAAGAGCUAAUAAUCCAUCAAGAUGAAUUUUUUUCAAUAACAAAAUAUAUUGCAAGGUGUCUUAAUAUUGCAAAGUGUCCUCGAGAUAUGCAAACUCCAAAACCAUGAUAUAGGCACUUUAAGAUGUAAGCCAGUUUUCCACUUCAAUCGUAGCGAAGCGUAGCGUACAGUAUUUCUUUGUUUCCUGAGCACUAGAGUAGAACUAAUGACUUCGACACAAAAGAAAAUGCUACGAUACGAUACGUUACGAUACGGUUGAAGUGGAAAACCGGCUUAAGACAAAGAACGAUACGAAGUUUAAAGGCUGGUUUACACUAUCAAAGUUUCUGAUCACAGUAUAGAAAUUUUGCUUAUAGGUAAAUUCUAAGGGACCAGUCAUUAUUUAUGGCGGGGGGUGGCACCGAAGAGAAAAAGGUUGGGUAAACAAAAUUUUGAGUAGAAAAAAGGUUGGGUAAAUGAAAAACAAAACAACUCAAGGGUUGGGUAAUAAAAAUGUAUUGUCAUUUCCAAAACAUGACUCACUGAAAUAUUUGGCAGACAUUAUUCAUGAAAAGCAAUGUCAACAGUCAUUUAUGUCAAUACAAUAUGCGAAUCAAUCAGAGUCACUAUCUUGAUCAUUUUGACAAAACAAAUGGUGUCUCCAAAGAAAGUACAUGUGCAGACAGCAUAAAACUUUAGACUGCAGAAAAUUUCACAAGCUGUUAUCAAACCCAUGUCACAGAAGUGGUAAAGGACAAGUGUGACAACUGAAUGGUACCCUUUGUAAAGUUUGCCAGGGGGUGGGUAUUUAUUAGUAUAGUAAAGUUGGCCAGGGGUGGGUAUUUAUUUUUUAAUUGAUAUUUGAGGUUGGGUAAUCAAAUUUUUGACUUUUUAAUGGUUGGGUCAGCAAAACUUUUGCCACAAAAAACAUUUCUCUUCUGUCCCACCCCCCGCCAUAAAUAAUGACCGGUCCCUAAGUUUUGAGAGAUUAACACUAAGUCAGUUCCCUCAAACAUUUCUUACAAAUCCUUCAAAACGUAGAGUUUACCAAUGCAAAAUUUCUACUGUCAACAGCCUUUAGGUUGACUGUAUUAUAGGAUUGUGUAUUUCUGUUUAUAUGUCCAUACAAUUUUAUUGUAAAUAGUUAUUUAGUCAAUAAUUAUACAGUAUAAUAGCACACACAGUCAAAUUGUCUGCAAUUUGCGUAACAAUAGCACCAUUCAUCCAGUCACAAAUCAUUGAUCGGGAUGUUCCAUUGUCUUUUCAUUGUAUUGAAAAUCCCACUACAGGGUGUAUAAAAAAAGGUAAUCGAACUUUAGCGCGUUAUAAUACAUGAAUCACUUGGCGUAUGAACAAUUGGUUUUCAUAUUCGGAAAGACCAGGCGUUUAGCUAUUGAACGACAUGCGUUUGAUACCAAAUGGAGAAAAAAUAAGUAUGUACGAGGCCGAUCAAAAAUGUUAGUCAAAAUCGCAUAUUUUCACCUCUGUGCCUAAUUAAAACAAUGCAUAACAA